UCAAUUCUCCAUCACUUUGUAGUUCAAACUAGCAAUCAAUCAACGAUGGUUCGCAUCAUACUCCUGUUGACCACAGCGCUUUUCGCCUGCACCUUGAGUGCUUCAACCAAGGGUUUCAACCCUCUGCGUCCGUGGUGGAACGCUCGUCGCUCCGGGGAUGGCCGCAUAGUUGGCGGUUUCGAAGUUACCGUUCAGGACGUUCCCUUCCAGGUGUCGCUGAGCCGGGUUGGAUCUUCCCAUUUCUGUGGAGGAUCCCUAGUGUCCGAACGCUGGGUGAUGACCGCUGGCCAUUGUGUUGAGCCCGGUCAAACCAAUCUCCAGGUGCGUGUUGGUUCCAGCCGGCAUGCUACCGGUGGUCGGCUGGUCUUGGUUAAGGAGGUCCAUCGCCAUCCGAAAUACAACCCGAGUUCCGUUGACUAUGAUUUUGCACUACUGGAACUGGAUGAGACAGUAACCUUCUCCGAUAGCUGCAAACCCGUUGGAUUGCCUUUGAAGGACGCUCCGGUCAAGGAGGGAACUUGCCUGCAGGUUUCGGGCUGGGGAAAUACCCAGAAUCCUUCGGAAUCAACGGCUGUGUUGCGAGCUGCAAACGUUCCGGCCGUAUCGCAAGAGGAAUGCGACAAGGCUUACACAUACUACGGUGGCGUUACCGAUCGGAUGGUCUGCGCUGGUUACAAGGAAGGCGGCAAGGACUCUUGCCAGGGCGAUUCCGGUGGUCCACUGGUUGAGGGCAGCACUCUGGUCGGAGUGGUUUCCUGGGGUGCAGGCUGCGCUCAACCUGGCUAUCCGGGAGUGUACUCUCGAGUGGCGUCCGUUCGCGAUUGGGUGACGGAGGUUAGCGGACUGUAAUGGAGUGAUGGGAUCGAGCUGCUGGAAAAGAUAUUUGCAAUUGAAAAUGUAAAAUGAUGUUGACAUAAAAUAUACAGAAUAAGAUGAAGUCAAAA